UUUAUUAUUUAUUUAUUUUUUAAAAAAGUAGUUUCGAAAUUGAAUUUUUUUAAAAAUAAAUAAAUUAUAAUUUAGGCAAAAUUAUGAUAUUGCAUUUAUUUAUCGGUGUAGUGUCGGAGCUCUUGUUGAUGGGAGGAGUCCGAGGUUCCACUUCUAAAUAUAAUUACUAUUUCCGGGCCGAUUUGGUGAACGAUUUGAUGGACAAGGAAGACAGAAUGGCGGAGAAUAGUGCGCCUAAAAGCGCGGAAUACGGGAAGCGCCAAAAUUUUAAACCCUCCAACAGCUACGGCGGAUUAAACAGUUUCAACGAUCUAGACCUCCACCAAAGAAAUAACAAUCUUAAUUACCAAAAUAAUAUGAUGAUGGAGGAUGGUGGCACGAAUGAACCCCACCAAAGAGUGCCCGAUAAAUAUAACAUCGCUGACAAGGAGGAGGAGGAGUAUCCGAGCGGGCCAGCUCCCGAUACAUCAAAAAGUUCUAAUAAUAAUAAUAAUAACGUUAACCCCAUAUCGCUAUUGCUUAUAUGUCCAGGAAAAUGCUCUUGUUCCAGCGAAAGUAUCGAUUGCAGUUACAGAAAUAUCCUACACAUUCCUAAAUACAUACCUAUUCAAACCGAAAAACUAGAUCUACAAGGAAACAAUGUAACUUUGAUAAAGAGGUACAGCUUCAAGGGACUUCGUAAUCUCAGGAUUUUAAACCUGAUGCAAAACCGCAUUGCCUUCAUAGAAGAGUCAAGUUUUGAAGACACCAUCAAUAUCCAAAGAAUCCGGCUAAACAACAAUCGCUUGACGUAUGUCAAUCCAAAAUUAUUCCGUAACAUGCCAGAUCUGCAGAGAUUGGAUUUAAGUAACAAUUUUAUAAUCGUCAUCUCAAGACAAACAUUCUAUGGUAACCCACUACUAAAAAACUUACAAUUAGAUAAUAAUCAGAUUUCAUGCAUCUCGGACACCAGUGGAAUCAAAGAUCUCUUGCACAUGGAAAUUUUAACGUUAAAUGACAAUAACCUCUCAACGAUUCCUUAUAAAAUUUUUGACGGAAUGCCUAAACUCAGGGUUCUACGAUUGAUGAAUAAUCCUUUGCAUUGCGAUUGCAACGUGGCCUGGUUAACCCAAUGGUUACGGGUCCAUCCAGCCCUGGCCUUGUUUACGAGAUGUUUCACUAAUGCGAAACGUAACUACAAGAAAGAGGUGGCCGAAUUAUCGGAUAUGGAUUUGGAUUGCGGAGCUGAGAAUGUAAACGGGCUGAACUUCAAUUCCAACAUAUUCCGUCGGCACAUAAUUAAGAGAGAUCAAGAUUUAGGAGAAGAAGACAAUUGCCCUCUCAACUUUGAACCCAUGUGUCCUCACCCUUGCACGUGUUCAAAGGGCACGGUUGAUUGUUCCAACAAACGGUUGGAAGAAUUCCCGCCUUACUUUCCGCCUAGUACCAAAGAAAUACGUUUAAACAACAACAAUAUCAUGGAGGUUCCAGAUCAGGCCUUCGCUGGACUUAAAUUCCUACUUAAAAUAGAUUUGAGCCAUAACUCCAUCAGCACUUUGCCAGCCAAAGUUUUCGAGGGCAUGAAGACGUUGAAUUCAUUGAUAAUGUACAGCAAUCAUUUAGAACUCCUGCCUUCCAAAAUAUUCGAAGAUCUAACUUCGCUUCAAUUAUUGUUAUUGAAUGGUAACAGAAUUAGGUGUAUUCAAACGGAAUUAUUCAAGGAUCUAACUAACCUAAAUUUAUUGUCUUUGUACGACAAUAAGAUCCAAUCUAUAGCUAAUGGUACCUUCGCUUCAUUGACCAAAAUUCAAACCUUGCAUUUAGGAAAAAAUCCUUUUAUCUGUGAUUGCAACAUGCGAUGGUUGGGAGAUAUGUUAAAGAAUAAAAAGGCUAUAGAGACGAGUGGUGCUACCUGCGAUAGUCCAACAAGGGUUGAAAAGAAAAGAUUGGCGGAUAUGAAUAUCAACAAAUUCAAAUGCAAAGGGUCGGAAGAAUUGAGAACGAAAUUGGCAGGUGAGUGCAUGAUCGAUUUGGAAUGCCCAUCAAUGUGUAAUUGCGAAGGCCAUUCGGUCGAGUGCGGAGGACGGAAUCUAAAAGAUAUCCCUUCGAAUAUUCCCAUUUUCACGACCGAAAUAAAUUUGAGCAAUAACCUGAUAACGGAAAUACCUACGGAUGCAUUUAAAACGCUCGUUAACCUGGAAAAGAUCGAUCUAAGGAACAAUUUGAUAGAGAAUAUUCACGACAAUGCUUUCGCUAAUUGCAAGAAAGUCACUAAUCUCUUAUUAACGGAAAACAAAUUGACCCGUUUAACGCCUAAAAUGUUUACCGGCUUAAUUAACCUUAGAACGCUAACCCUUAGGACGAAUAGAUUGACAUGCAUAACCAAUGAUACCUUCGACGAAUUGCCCAAUCUGAGAUUAUUAUCAUUCUACGACAAUCAAAUUCGUUCUAUAAUGCCCGGGGCGUUCAACGGUUUGAAGCAUUUAUCUACACUGAAUUUACUGGCUAAUCCGUUCGAAUGUGAUUGUCAUCUUAAAUGGAUGAAGGAGUGGCUAAAAAAUCAGUACAUAGUGACGGGUAAUCCCAGAUGUUACACACCGCAAAAUUUCAGGGAUCUUCCUAUCCAAGAACUCGAAACCAACGAUUUUAAAUGUGAAAUGGAUGAGAAUUCCGACUAUAUCCACGAGCACAAUUGCGAAUCCGGACAAAUUUGUCCCAACAAAUGCACCUGUUCGGGAACGAUAGUUCAGUGUAGCCACUCAAAGCUGAACAUAUUCCCGAGAGGGAUUCCUUUCGACACUACAGAAUUGUAUCUGGAUAAUAAUUUCAUAACUUCCAUACCUAGUCACGUUUUGGCUAAUUUGCCUAAAUUGGAAAGAAUAGAUCUGAGCAAUAAUCAAAUAACUCACAUUCCGGACCAUAUGUUCUCCAAUAAUUCUCUAUUAUCCACCUUAAUACUCAGCUACAACAAAAUCCAAUGUGUCGAUGCUAAAGGUUUCCAUGGACUGAGCCAGUUAAGACUCUUGUCCCUGCACGGCAAUCGAAUAUCUUUCUUACCCGAGCAAAGCUUUCAAGAUAUGAAAAUUUUAUCCCACAUAGCCUUGGGACAAAACGAAUUGUAUUGCGACUGUAAAAUGGCGUGGUUAUCCGAAUGGGUACGUAAAUCCUAUAUUGAACCCGGAAUAGCCAGGUGCUGGGAACCUCAUCCGAUGAAGGACAAACUAUUACUGACUAGUCCUACCUCGGCCUUCGUGUGCCAAAACCAGCCUAACGCGGAAAUCCUUUCCAAGUGCGAUAUUUGUUACACCUUUCCGUGCUUAAACGGAGCUACUUGCAUACACCUCAAGGGUUCGGCCACGCAAAAAGACGCUUUUAAAUGUCAAUGUGGUCCAGGUUUCCAUGGGGAUAAAUGCCAGUACAUCAUAGACGCCUGUUACGGUAACCCGUGCGAGAACGGCGGACUUUGCAAAGUUAUUCAACACGGGAGAUUUAGUUGUCUCUGCCCCCAAGGUUAUGACGGUUUAAGGUGCGAAAACAAUGUAGACAAUUGUGCCAUGAUUUUGGAAACGGAAAAUAGUGGAAGUAGAUGCUACAAUAAUGGCACAUGUGUAGAUGGAUUGAAUUCUUACACAUGUAGAUGCUCUCCCGGUUACACUGGGAAAUUUUGCGAAGAAAAAAUAAACUAUUGCCAAGAUGUUAACCCUUGCUUCAAUGGGUCCACUUGCGUCAACACGGAAUAUUUGUAUAGAUGUGUAUGUCCCAAGGGUUACGAUGGGAUUAACUGUUCUCACAAUAUAGACGAUUGUCAUCACCACAUUUGCCAAAUGGGGUCUACCUGUGUCGACUUGAUAGAUUCGUUCCAGUGUAGGUGCCCCGCAAGCAUGACUGGCAAAUAUUGCGAAAUAAGCGCCGAAAACGAAAAUAUGAACUCUAUCAUAACCUGGCCCAGAUCUAGUCCCUGCUUGCAGCACGAUUGCGAAAAUGGAAUUUGCUUUCAACCAAACGCUUCUAACCCAGAAUAUGAAUGUCAUUGCUCACCAGGGUACGGUGGUAAAAAGUGCGAUAUUUUAACCAGCGUUUCUUUUAUGGAAGAAAGGACAUCAGCGACAUCUAGAAGAGGUUAUUUAAGCUUAGAAUUGACGCAUGAUUUGUAUCAACAACAAGAUAGACGAUCAGUGAAUCUAGUUUCAACUACUGAUAACGAUAAUCCCAAUCUCAAUUUUUUCCUAUCUCAAGCAAGAUCCAAUCAUUUACUAAGCAAUCUAACCCUGAGUUUUGCCACCAGUCUUUCCAACGGAAUAAUUGCUUAUUUAGCUCCCACUUUACCUACCCUAAAAAUUCAUAAAGAGGGCUACAACGAUUUCCUCAAUACUCCGAUGACGAUGAAUAAUCGUCAUAAAAAUAAUACGUUUCAGAAUCAUGUGUCAGUCACUACGGCCAGUACAUAUAUAAAUCCGUUUAAUGUUAAGCCACAUAUAGCUAUCGAAUUGUUUAGAGGAAGGAUAAGGGUGAGUUUUGAUUUAGGCAAUCAUCCCGCUCCUUCAACCAUGUUCAGUUAUCAAAAGGUAGAUGACGGAUUAUUUCAUCAAGUUCAAUUCUUGUUAUUAGAGCAAAAUUUGACGAUGAAAAUAGACGAUAGUCCCGCUAUAACGGUCACUAAUACCGGCCCCAUCAGGAGUUUGGAUCAAUUGAUAAACUAUAUUCUACCGAAUUCGAAAUCGUUCCAGAACGAAGUUCAACACUCAUACGAUAAUAACGUCGUUAAUUAUAGAUGGCCAAUGCUCUAUCUAGCAGGUCUGCCAGAAAAACUUAGCCAGGAAGCCAAAACCCAAUGGCACAUAUGGGACUCUAAUUCCUUCGUUGGUUGCCUAAAGAACGUUCACUUAAACGGUAAACUGUUCGAUUUUUCGACGCAAAUAUCGGAUCAGUACAAAAUGUCUCCUGGCUGUCCAAGUCACAACAACCAACAAGGCCUUCUCCCCUCACUAUCAUCAGCUGAUCCCUGCGUCGCUAAUAUGUGCAAAAACGGGCAGUGCAAACCUUUGAACGCUAUGGGAUAUCGGUGCCUAUGUAAGGCAGGUUGGAGCGGAACUUUUUGUGACAAAGCUCCAUCGUGCACGAAAUCCGUCAAGAAGGAAUGGUAUAAAGAUGCUUCCAACGGUUGCGUGAGCCGAAAGAAAAUAAGGCAGGUCGAAUGCCAAGGCGAUUGCGGGAGCCUUGCGUGUUGCAGACCCACGAAAUUCAAGAACCGGAAAAUACGGCUCAUAUGUCCAGGGGAUUUGAGUCGAGUAAAAAUAAUGAAAGUAAUUAAAAAAUGUUCUUGCACGACAAAUGUUAGUAAUAACAAUAAAAAUGGAGACGGGGUAAAAAAUAACGAUAAAUGUAUGGUGAAGGAAGAAAAUGAUAACGGUUUUGGCGAUAUUGGGAAUGACGAUAAUCCUCUAAUCGAACGUCGAAAUGAGCUCGAAAAUGAUGAUAAUGAUAAUAAUAAUGGUCAAUAUAAACGAGAGAACUUAAAAUCUAAAAAGUACUUUAAAUAUUAUUGGCAUUAGUCAUGGAUAAAAGAUAUAAAAUGGUAUCAAUGUGACGAGUGUAAAUAUAACUUAAUAUAAUAAAUAUUAGCUGCCUCAUUUCUGUGACUUUAUGUUUAAGCAUUUAAAUCCAUAUCUAAUUUUUUUUUUACAACUGUAGGCCUUUCCUAGAAAAUAAAAUAAAAUACAGGGUCAGAGUCAUUUCUGCGCGAACUAAUAUUAAGGAAAAAAUCAAUCAUUAGUUAAAAAAAAUACACCCCCCAUUUCGCCUUAAAUAUGUUUUUAUAUAUAAUUAAAUUUUAUUGAUAUUUAAUUUGUAUCUAAUACUUUAUAAACCAUUUACAAUUUUUUUUUAUAC